AUGGCCUCACAAUUCACCCUCCGUCCGCUCCUCAGAGCCACCCGCCCAUCCUUCCAAAUCGCAAGGUUAACAACCACAUCCCGCGCCGCCGCCACCACCACAACAGCCGCAAAGCCCGCCACCGCCAAACCCGUCGCGAAGCCCAUAACGACCGCCAAGAAGACCUACACGGCCGCGAGCAAGGUCUCCGCCGCUGCCGCUGCCAUCCCCAAGACCUCUCCUCCGCCAGCCCCGUCCCCAGCGUCCCAAGACCCCUCCGACGCGGCCGUCGCUCCCGGCCUCUCCUCCAAGACUCCCCUCCCCGAUGCGCCGCCCACGUCCUACUCGAACGGCGGCGGCAGCAGUUCAAGUUCAGCACAGGCUGCCCCGCAACAACAGAACGGCCACCUGAUUGACUGGACGACGUCGUACUACGGCCUCGGCACGCAGCGUUUCUCAAAGGAGGUGGUGGAUAUCCUCAUGCAGCCCGUCAACCCGGCCGACGUGGAGGUGAAGCCCGACGGAGUCAUAUACCUGCCGGAGAUCAAGUACAGGCGCAUCCUGAACGCGGCGUUUGGUCCGGGAGGAUGGGGUCUCGUGCCCAAGGGUGAGGUCGUGGUGGGAGACAAGGUUGUGACGAGGGAAUAUGCGCUCAUUGCCGAAGGACGAUUCAUCUCCCAGGCACAGGGCGAAAACACCUACUUCAACGUCGACGGCCUCCCGUCCGCCGUCGAGGGCUGCAAGUCCAACGCGCUGAUGCGCUGCUGCAAGGACCUCGGCAUCGCGUCCGACCUCUGGGAUCCCAUCUUCAUCCGCUCGUUCCGCAAGCAGUACGCCGAGGAGGUCUGGGUGGAGCACGUCACCACCAAGAAGAAGAAGAUUGUCUGGACCCGCAAGGACGUCCCUGUCGGAUACCCUUUCAAGAAGACGAACUAG